CUCGCGUGUUUCUUUAAUUGAGUGUGAGCUCUGGUGGCAACAGCAGCAACAGAAACAGCAACAGCAUCAGCAUCAGCUUGAAUUUAAAUCUUAACUCAAUUUAAAGCUUGGAAAUACCCCCAAUGAGUUACGUUAACUGCAGACGACUUCUAGUCGUAACAGCUGUCGUGCUUCAGCUGCUGCUGCUGYUCAGUAGCGGUGCGAACGGCAAUCCGGCAGCUGCUUUAAGCGGAUCUACCGAACGCUUUGGCCUGCGCCUGGCCACGAGUCUGGGCCUGGCACAGCCACACAGCAAUGUCGCUGUCUCCCCGCUGCUCCUGCAAACGGCUCUCACUUUGCUCUAUGCUGGCGUCACGCCCAGCUCGGCGCCAACAGCUCAGCAGCUGCGCGUGGCUCUGGAGCUGCAAUAUUUGGGUACUCCGGAGCAGUCGGUGCAGCAAUUCAAGCAGCUGCUGGCGGAUCUGAAGCAGGAGGUGGCCAUCGGCUGCCAGCUGCGACUGCUCAGCGAGCUCUACACUCAGCAGCGCUACACCUUCAGCUUUCGGGAUGAGUUUGAGGCGCGUGCCGGUGCUUUGGGCAUAGGCGUGCAUCGUCUGGACUUCGACAGCUGGGCAAGCACAGCACAGCAGAUUAACUAUGACUUCCUGAGGCGCAGCAACUACAGCGUGGGUGAGCUGGUUAGCAGCCAUUUGCUGGAGUCCACCAGCGGCUCGGACACUCCCUUCUUGCAUGUCUCGGCGCUCACAUUUCGCGCACCCUGGGCCCAGGCCUUCGAUGCACAGCAGACGCAGCGCAUCAACUUCUUUACCGAGGGCAGCCGCAAUUCCAAGCUAGUGGAUGCCAUGUUCAUGCAGCAUCGCCUCCGCUAUGCGGAGCUGCCCUCGCUGGAUGCCUGCGCCGUUGAGCUGCCCUAUGCCACAGCGGGCCUCAGUCUGCUCAUCAUUUAUCCCAAUCAGCCGCUGGGCUUGGCCCAACUGGAACGCCAGCUGCAACGCAUUGAUCUGCAUCAGCUACGUCGAAUGCUGAGCGAACGCAAAAUCGCUUUAACCCUGCCCAAGUUCAGUUUGUUGGCCCACACCGAGCUGCGAAGGGUUCUGGAGCAACUGGGCCUGUCCAAGCUCUUCACACCCGAGGCUCAGCUACACAAUGUAUUCAGCUCAAUUUUGUUCAGCUCGGCGCCACAUUUGACCGCUGUGCCCCACACCGUGCUGCUCGAGCUGAAUGAGGCGGGCGGUGAGGCGGGACAAACUUUUGUGGCUGCCUUCACCGAUCUAUUUCGCAGCACAUUAUCCCUGGUGAUCAAUCAUCCGUUCUUCUAUGCCGUCGGCAAUGAGAAGACCCUGCUACUGGCGGGCCAUGUGGUCGACAUCUAGAAUCGAGGACCAGAGUCUAGCGCAAAGGUUAUCGGCUUAUCAGCGCUCCGUCAAGGUGAUAAACGAUCUGUAAACAAAGC